UUGUCGCGAGCGCGCAGGCAGAGUAGGUCGCGAGCAGCUGCUGAGUGGACGCGCUUCGUUUUUGCAGAUUCUACAAAGCACUGCUUCAGCAACGGUGUUGCGUUUUUUCUUUCCUCCAACCAACCAACUUUGAAUUCGCCUUAAAUAUGUCUAAUAUCGCUCGUUCUCAAACGCCUCAGGUUAUAAUGAACAACCAACACAGAAUACGUACAACUCUAUAGCCAACGGGUUCCCAAGGACUUGAUUACAAUCGCUUCAAGCCUGAUAGUUUGUCUGUACGGCUGCUUUCCCUCUCCCUUCUGCUCACACUCGUGUAGUCCACUGGCAUUUCUUCUGACAACUUCUCUAUCCCUCUCCUCCGGUGAAGAAGACUUGAGUUCCCCUGUGAUCUGAGUCACCUGUUACCUUCAUUUGGUCCCUGUUCUACUCCUCAGAGUAGUGCUUCCCUGCAUUUGCAUUCUCUAUUAGGCACAAAUCAAAAUUCACUCAAGAUGUGUCCAAAUGGCUAUUUGAUUUUUGAGGAUGAGAGUUUCCUGGAUUCCACCGUGGCCAAAAUGAAUGCCCUGAGAAAGAGCGGUCAGUUCUGCGAUGUUAGACUGCAGGUGUGUGGCCAUGAGCUAAUGGCUCACCGUGCUGUUUUGGCUUGCUGCAGUCCCUACCUGUUUGAGAUCUUCAAUAGUGACCUUGAGCCACAUGGAGUCUCUCAUGUUACUUUUGAGGACUUGAACCCAGAUGCUGUGGAGAUCUUACUUAACUACGCCUACACUGCUCAGCUGAAGGCAGACAAGGAGCUGGUCAAAGAAGUUUAUUCUGCAGCCAAAAGGUUCAAGAUGGAGCGAGUCAAACAGAUUUGUGGCGACUACCUGUUGUCUAAAAUGGAGUCUCAGAAUGCCAUCUCCUUUCGUAACUUUGCCAGUUCUAUGGGCGAUGGCAGAGUUUUGGCUAAGGUGGAUGCCUACAUCCAGGAUCAUUUACUGGAAGUGUCAGAACAGGAGGAUUUCCUCAAACUCCCCCGCCUUAAGUUAGAAGUAAUGCUAGAAGACAACCUGACCCUGCCCAGCAAUGGCAAGCUGUACUCAAAGGUGCUCAGCUGGGUACAGCGUAGCCUUUGGGAGAAUGGAGACCACCUGGAACGAUUGAUGGAGGAGGUGCAAAUGCUGUACUACUCUCCUGAUCAUAAGCUGGUGGAUGGAGGGCAGGUGAUUGAGGGGAACACUGAGGUGUUUGGUGGCGAUGAGGACCACCUACAGUUUGUGCAGAAGAAACCGGCCAGGGAGAGCUCCCAGAGACAGAUGAGCUGCAGCUCCUCGGGAAGCUUGUCACCCUCCAACCAAGCAGCCAAUGCUCCACCACAGACCACCAUGAGAGAGUGGAAGUAUAUUGCCUCUGAGAAGACCACCAACAACACCCAUUUGUGUCUGGCUGUGCUGGACGGCAUGCUGUGCGUGAUCUUCUUGCAUAGCCGCACCACACCUCAGACCUCGCCCUCUGCCACCCCCUGCCUGAUGAAGAGUCUCAGCUUUGAGGUCCAGCCCGAGGAGCUGGAGGAGCAGCCGCUGUCACCUAUGCACUAUGCUCGCUCCGGUCUCGGCACGGUUGCUCUGAACGGACGGCUCAUUGCAGCAGGAGGCUACAACAGAGAGGAGUGUCUGAGGACUGUGGAGUGCUACGACCCCAAAGAGGACCAGUGGACCUUCAUUGCUCCCAUGCGGACUCCACGGGCUCGCUUCCAGAUGGCUGUGCUCAUGGGUCAACUGUACGUGAUUGGAGGCUCAAAUGGCCAAUCAGAUGAGCUGAGCUGUGGGGAGAUGUACGAUCCGCACGCUGAUGAGUGGGUUAAAGUGCCAGAGCUCAGAACCAACCGCUGCAAUGCAGGUGUCUGCUCUUUGAACAACAAGCUGUAUGUUGUGGGAGGGUCUGACCCCUGUGGGCAAAAAGGCCUGAAGAACUGUGACGCUUUUGACCCUGUGACCAAGACUUGGUUCAACUGUGCCCCCCUCAACAUGAGGAGGCACCAGGCAGCAGCGUGCGAGUUGGACAACUUCAUGUAUGUGGUUGGAGGGGUGGAGUCUUGGAACUGCCUCAAUACUGUAGAGUGCUACAACCCUGAGAACAACACCUGGACCAUGGUCGCCCCCAUGAAUGUGGCUCGUCGGGGGGCUGGCGUCGCCACCCAUGCAGGCAAACUGUUUGUAGUCGGUGGUUUCGACGGCUCCCACGCGCUCCGUUGCGUGGAGGUGUACGACCCUGCACGCAACGAUUGGAGGAUGCUGGGCAGCAUGACGACAUCACGCAGCAACGCGGGUGUGGCCAUGCUGGGCGAUGUCAUCUACGCUUUGGGUGGUUUCGACGGGAACGAGUUCCUCAACACGAUGGAGGUGUACAACCCCGAGAUGGACGAGUGGAACGACUGUGGAAAGGCCUCGCCUUCCCCCUCCGACUGAGGGGGCAGACGGGGUGGAGUUAGGGGGUGUUCCAUCUUUUAUCCCCCCCCAAACUAACAGGCUUAGUGACGUAAUCGUGUUUUGUGACGUUCUGUGUGUGAGUGAAUGUGUAGGGGAGGAUGGGGGUCUUCAGUGAAUACUGGUGGGUGGGGAGGGGAGUGUUACCCAUAGCAACUUGAUGCCUUUGCAUACAAUUUUCUACACUGUAUAUAUUUUUGGUUCUUCCUCAUUAUUUGUAUACCAACAUUUAAUACACAUUAGUGCUUUUUUUUUUUUGUUGUUUUUUGUAUUUCCACCAUCGAGUUGAGAGAUUGGUCACUUUGAAGGUUCUUGGUCACCUGGAGAGUGACUGUCUGGAGUGGUGGCGAUUGAUUUCUUUGACGGUUACAGUUUUAAUUGAGAAUAUUUGUUAUGGAAUUGUUGAUGUGGUUUGAAGCCUUACUCAGUGUGUGGGUAAAGAAACUCCUGUUAGUCUUUCUUCUUUUUUGUGGCAAAAGCUGGAUUGCUUCAGUGCACCUGUGCGCAUAAAAUUCAUUAAUGGGUUCUUGUUGAUCUGACAGUCACAAGAUGGUGUUUGUUUGUUUUUGAUUUUCCUCUCAAGUGUGACAUCUCAGAGGGGAGCCUGACCUACUGCAGAACCUUUAGUGAGAAGUGAUGGUGAAUUUUAAACUCCUUUUGUCUCACUUUAAUAUAUUUAAUGUAGCAAACACAAUUACAGCUGCAUGGUCAAAAAUAUAUACUUAUGACUGAAAUGUUGCAAUGACAAAUUUAUGGGGGACAGAUAUUGAACAGAAACUCCAGAAGGUCAGACUCCUUUGUAUAAUUGGGCUUUUGGAAUAAUUUUUUAAAUAUUUUUCAGUACAUUCUAAAGCUUGUCACAGUCGAGGCACACACAUUCAAGAAAUGAAAAAGGUAAUAUGCAGGUUGCGCUUUAAAUGAUGGCCUUUAUUUUUUAUUAUUUUUAUACACUGCUGAUUUGUGUCACUGUUGCAGACAGCUUUAAGUCAGUGAUAAUAACCAGUGCCAGUUUUCAUGGUUUUGUGCACAGCCACAUACACAUGCUUCUGCUAACCAAACAUUUUGUUGUGAUUUUUAACUAAUUGUAUGUAGAGAUACUUUUUUUUUUUUUUUUUUUUUUAAUAUAUAUAGUGUCAGACAGCCGGUUCACCUGGAAGGAGAAAAACUAUCGCAUUUGUAACAUUUCUUAAUAAAUGGUUUAAACCACA